AUGAUGCAUCCGUCGCGUCAGGCAUAUGUCGAGGAGGCUGAUUCGCCUGCCGGCAUUGCGCUAGAAGACUUGAAGGAUGACACCGACUACGACAUGCCCGUGGAGCCGGGCGCACCUCCCGAGAAAACCUCAGCCAUCCUGAACCAGUUCAAUCGAAAGCGACUUGCCGCUGCCAUCGCCGUGCCCACGGAUGAUGGCCGCGUUCGAGCGAAGCUCAGGGAGAUGGGGGAGCCCGUGACCUUCUUCGGGGAGGGGCCAGGCGAUCGUCGUGACCGAUUACGAGAGUUGAUGACCAUUCAGGCCGAACUGGCAGGUCUGGAAAAUGCCGACGUUGACAUGGCAGACGCCCCGGCCGAAGAAGAGACCGAGGAGCAGGAGGAAGAAUUCUAUUCCAGAGGAGGCGAGCGACUCCUAAAUGCGAGAAUAAAUAUCGCAGAAUACUCGCUGCCUCGAGCCAAACAAAGGGUCGCCUAUCAAAAGCUGGAGGCCACCAUUCCGUUGCGAACCCACGUCAGAUUUCGCAAACAGAUCAAGGAGAAGUUGCAAGAGUUCGAGCUGCAAGGCAGCCAGACCGUGGGGCAGAGGCACAUUAGCAUGACGAGAAUGUCGCCAAGCGGAGAGCUGGUGGCCGUGGGCAACUGGGGCGGCCAGGUCAAGUUGGUAGAGGUCCCCAACCUGACCGAGAAGAUGAAUUUUCGCGGCCACACCAACAAGAUCAGCGGUCUGUCUUGGUUUCCAGGCGCCACUCUCCCGGAGAGGGCAGUAUCACCAGACACUGUGAACCUGGCUUCUGGCGGUGCCGAGGGGCUGGUACAGCUGUGGUCGCUGAAUCAGGACACUCCCCUGUCGACGUUGCAAGGACACACUCGGCGUGUCUGCCGUGUCGAGUUUCACCCUUGCGGCCGCUACCUCGCCUCGGCGUCGGAGGACACAUCGUGGAGGCUCUGGGACGUUGAGAGCACCACCGAGGUGCUUCUGCAAGAAGGCCACUCGAGAGGUGUCUACGCGCUGAGCUUCAACACCGACGGUUCGCUCUUGGCGACGGCUGGUCUGGACAGCAUCGGCCGAAUUUGGGACUUGCGAUCCGGCAGGACAGUCAUGAUUCUGGACGGUCACUUGGACGGCCACAUCAAGGCUAUCCAUGCGCUCGACUGGGGCUCAGACGGCCACCGUGUCUUGUCUGGGUCCGCCGACGGCUGGAUCAAAUGCUGGGACGUCCGCAAGGUCCAGAGAACCGGGGGCGUCGGCGCCCACAACAGUGCCGUGGCAGACAUGCGGUGGUUCAGGGGCACGGACGACAUCCUCGAAGGAACUCCGCCCGGUGUGGACGAGAAGGGAAACCAGAUUCCCAAGACGUCGGGGACUUUCCUCCUAUCGUGCGGGUUCGACAAGACCGUCAAGAUCUUCUCGGCAGACGACUGGACCCUGAUACAAACUCUGAGCGGGCACACGGGUCCCGUUGCAAGUGUGGAUUAUAGCAGAGACGGCAGAUGGAUAGUGAGCGGCGGUCACGAUCGGACAGUCAAGCUUUGGGGUCGGAACAACACCGAGCCACUGUGA